AUGGCCUCAACAACGACUGUCGUGGAUGAUCUUAGGGAAUGGUUUCAGGACUUUGAAGACCUGGGCGGCGGUUGGACGCCGAACACCUGGGACUUCUACAACUCUUACCUCUUCUGCUUGACCAUCACCGCGUUCAAUGGACUAUGGUACUUCGAGCCCGCCACUUCAGGUGGCAAACUUGCGCUCGUCCUGUGGGGGGCGCCCGCCCUCGUAAUUGGCGUCAUGGGCGGCAUGGUCAUGGCCCGGGUGCUUUACCUUGCCUUGUUUAAUCAUCUCCGCGUGUGGUCGUGCUUCACGCCGGUCGGCUCAAUGUGGGAACGCGCAAGGCUGUGCGAGGCCUCGUUUAGCAAGUGGCGAGACCAGGUGCACUUCACGUGCAAGUACCUGCUGCUCAUUCUGCUGCUCAUUCUGACCAUCCACGACCCCGGCGACGACUUCAAGAGAAACUCGCUUGGCGAAAAUCUCUACUUUUCAUUUCAGUGGGUGACUACGAUCGGAGUCGGCGAGUUCCGUCUUGACGCAAUCUUUGGGAGCACGCGCCUUGCGAGCGUGUUGGUAGUCCAGGUUCUGAUCCUCGUGCUCUGGGUCGCUCUCGGCUCCGCCUUCCGACUCUUCGAUUUCAUGGGCGAGAAGGGCGCGUUGCUGCUGGGCCUGAGCGACACACAGAACCACAAGACAAGACACUCAGCCAACGCGCCCGAGUCGAACGACAGGCGGCACGCGAAGACUGGUUGCAAUCCCGCCGACCGCGAGGCCGCGGGAUGA